AUGAUCUUUGGUCUGUGGUGGUGUUUCUCGGCAGAAGGCGGAAGGGAAGGGGAUAUGGAGGUGGCGGCAGUGGGGAACCGGGAAAACAUCACCGGUGAUUCUAGUUCUUUGACAGGGGAAGGAGAUGAACGGGAUGACAAUGUAGAUCGAAGCGAAUGGCGUCCUUCAACUUCAAGGCCCAUGCUCACGUAUGACGUACCGAGUGAGAAAAGCCUAGUUCUAAGCUAAUACUACAUGACAAUAGGGAACUUUCGAAUGGAUCAAGUUUUUCAAGAGGACCAAGGAGUAAAAUCAAGAAAAAUAAUGAAGAGAAGGAAGGGUUUUAAACCAACAGCUCCAGUAGUUUUUCUCAUUUGGCUGCUCCUACUUUUCACUCAUUUUCCUCCAUCAACAACAGCGUAUGAUCACGACCACUCUGUAUUCUCUAGUCGGAAACCUAAAUUCUUUCAAACAUCACCGACACGUUUCCAUUUGGUUUCAAGUGAACCGAGGAUUGGAUUUGGAGCUGCAGGAGAAGGCAGUCUUUAUGAUGAUGACAAACGAAUAAUUCACACAGGUCCAAACCCUCUUCAUAAUUAGUUUCACUAUCGAAUAAAUAAACCUUUUAAAGAUCCUUGCUGCAUAUAUUCUGCACCAAGUUUGAUGUUGUAGACUUGUAGUCGUAGCGAGAGACAUAUAUGUCCUUUGGAAACUAUAAGUUUCAUAAGUAAAGAGUAUUAUGUGAUGGUUGUCUGCUUCUAAAUGGGAAAUGCUACUUUUUAG